UUAGGGUUGCUAUUCGGAGGUUGGCGUUUAACAUUUGUGCUUUGCAGAACCGGACCCGUAGGAACGAGAGCGCCUCUCUCCCCUCCCUGUCUAUGCGUAAAAGGGGCGCCCGGGCUUUGCUUUCUCCAAAACGGUUUCAGGGCUUGCAGGCUUGCCUCUAGCCCGCAAGGAUCCUCAUCUUAUUUAUUUUUUUAAUUCAGAGCUGCAACAACUAACAACUUAACCAGGUUAAAAGGUUGACCGCUCCGCCGCAGUCCCGCGCUGUUGUAUAAUCUGUGGACAGGACUGGUGAGCUCCCACGAUGCUGUGCCCCGUCGUGCUGGCCUGCCUGCUGCCCUUAGCAGCCCAUCAGAUCGUGAGCACGGCCAGCAGGAAGAGCAAGGUGCUCACCAUCGACUCCUCCCAGCUGGCCUGCAGCCUGCCCGGGCCCCCGGGGCCCCCCGGCGUGCCCGGAGCUCCAGGGGUCACAGGAACCAUCGGGAGGAUGGGCUUCCCGGGCAAGGAUGGCAAGGACGGGAAAGACGGGGACAAGGGAGAGAAAGGGGAGAGAGGUGAGGAGGGAGGAAUUGUUGCUGCACCCCUUAGCAGGAAGAAGUGGCAGUACUACUUCACCUACGACAUCACCCUGGCCAACAAGCACCUGGCCAUCGGGCUGGUGCACAACGGGCAGUACAGGAUCAGGACCUUCGACGCCAACACGGGCAACCACGACGUGGCCUCGGGCUCCACCGUGCUGCGGCUGCAGCGCGGCGACGAGGUGUGGCUGCAGAUCUUCUACUCGGAGCAGAACGGGCUCUUCUUCGACCCCUACUGGACCGACAGCCUCUUCACCGGCUUCCUCAUCUACCCCGACCAGGACUUCCUCAACGAAGUGGAGGGCAGGCCGCCGGGGACGGCCUAGGGCCUCCGCCUCCCUCCCCGUUUUCCCCCUGCGGCUUCCUUCAGUGACGCGCGGAAGGACCGGUUCGGGCCAGAUGAGGUGCCGCGGGGCCCGUGGACCGGAGCAGCGGACGAUACGUAGAAAAUUCUUUCGAGGGGAGUUUCCGCACAAGGGGCGCAGCACAGCGGCUCCGGCACAGCUCAGUUCUGCAAGGACGAUCUGCCUGCAGCAGGCCUGGUGUCUCUGGUCGGCUGGCUGUCUGUACUGUAGGGGAGCGCCCACAGCGGGCACAGGGCGGGUGAGAGGUUUGGCAGUGCCCGGGAGUUGGUUGGUACAUGCAGAGAGGACAUGGUACAUUUAGUUUCCCUGCCCCCCAAAACUGCAGGGGUGCAGAGCCCCUCAAGCCGGGAGCUGCAGUCCUUUCUUGUUAAUUUGCCAGUCGAUGGAAAUGUAAAGUGUAACAGAUCAUUGCAAACUAGAAAAUAUUAUAAUCACAAGGUAUCAUGACACCCAAGAAUGAUGUGCAACUUUCAGUUCUUGUAAGAAUGACUUACAGACUUCUUAAGGUUUGUCUUCUUGGUUGAUUUUCCUGAUCUGAAAUUUAAUUGUAAUUGUUUUUCAUAAUCAUCAUUUUAAAAAGCCUUUGCAAAAUCACAACCCAGAACUGUGACUUAGAUAUAUAUACUAUCCUUCCACUUUCUGACCAGCCCACUUCGGGUUUGCAGGGGAACCAAAGUCUGUCCCAGAAAGCAAGGCAGGGUACACCUUGGACAGGACACCACUCAACUCCACAGCCACACAGACCCAAACGCG